AUGGACAACACACAGCCUUGGCUCCAACCAUUCCCGGAGACUGGCUACAAUCCAAUGUCUUCACACAGUGUUUCUUCCUAUUUCAUUCGUCCUAGUAAGGUAGUUAAACCGAGCAGUCGGAACAACAGUCCCCGUUCUCUGAAGAGACGAAAGACGACCACAUCAGCUCCGACCUCGACCAGAACAAAAUCAUUCGUUGAUCAACUCCCAUCUACCAGUCAACAAUGGACCGUUCCGGAUGUGACCCGUUCACGACCUGUCAGCUGGCAUCCGAACUCGAUGGAGGACUUUUAUAAUGCUUCAUAUGGGACUGGUACCAUGGUCGACGGACAAUGUUUAUCGACCUUUGGGUUCUCUACCACCAAUGUCAAUGGACUGAUUACACCAAUUUCACACCCUGUCAUCAAUGAACCACAAAUCCAAGAGCUCAUAACGCCCCUCGAUGAGUAUUCUAUGGGCGCCUCGACAUAUAUGUGCAACAAUAACUUUGUUGAUAACCAAUCAUGGAUGGUGCUGAAUCAGCAGAAGUGCAAUCCCUACACUUUGAAUGACCUGUACCAAGUCGACUCAAUUCUACCUACAUGGCAACUGAGUCAAGCCCCAGUACAACCGCCACACACUGUUCACACUGCACCAUCAUCACCGACUUGUUUACCACUCCACGUAGAUACACUCAGUCUUGAUACGACAGACUUGGACGAGAAAAGUCACUCGGAGGAACUGGUUGGCAUGGGGCUUUAUGAUUCUCCGGCUGAUGUUCAAUCAACUUCACUUCUAUUUGGUGGCAUGUCCAGUGUAUCACGGAGGGGAUUGAAACUCGAGGAGUCUUUUAUUCCCGAAGAUCGACCCGAUGAGGACCUUGAUGAGGACGCAGAAACGGAGGACGACGACGACGAGGAAGAAGAACCAUUUGAGGUGCCAAGGAAAAUGGAUUACAGUUCACAAUCAAUUGCAAAUCAGAUGGGAUUUCUUCCUAUACAACAAGAGCCGGAUUCUCUUGCGUCGAGAUAUCUGGCCACUCUCGGGCAACUCAGCAGUGCUUAUUAUCCCACUUCACAUCCGGGAUACAACUGGAUUUGA